CUCAGUUUCAAGAUGGCGUUAAUGCUGAAAAGUUCCUUGGUGUAGGAUGAAAGCCUAGCAAAAAAUUUUUAAUUUGCAUUUAAUUUUAUCAAAGUGUUAUUUAUUCAAAAUCAAAACAUCAUCAAAACAAUUCAAAAUAAUUUAUUUACUUCAAAUUGGAGAAUUUGAAAUCGACCCGUGCUAGGUGUUGGCGUUAAGAGAAGUCAAAUUCUCUCGCUUACCCUAAAACGCAUAAGGGGAGAAAAAAAAGUAGUUUUUUUUUUAUUUGUGUGAAAAUUUCCACACACUCCAUCAAACUUCUUUGGUUUUCCAAUUUUUAUUACACUUUUUGCUUUUGUGGAUUACAAAGAAUUAAGUAGCAAAAAAAAAUUCACACACCAAAUGAUGAACUACGGCAAUGUAAUGAUGGGAGAUCAGUUCCGUAAAAUGGAACCGUUCUCCCCAAAAUCUUCACCUCGCGGUGGUCGGUCGCCAGUUGUUUCGCGACAAGAUUCUUCAGGGACUCUAAAGACGACCAUUUCGUUAGGGAAGAAUCCAUCGAUUGUUCAUAGUGGACCAUUUUAUUCAAUGAAAGAACCACCAGGAAAAGGUGAAUUAACUGGAGACAAGGAUUUAAUGACUGAAUAUGGACUUCAUCACACUUUGACCAAAUUCAAAGAUAAGAAAGUCAAAGAAUCGCUGUCGUCGUUUUUGCCAAAUCUUCCUGGUAUCUUUGAUGGAAUGAAUAAUUUGGAAAAUAGUACAUUGCGCAGCAUAAUGGAAAAACCUCCAAUUGUGGGCAAAGAACUACUCCCUUUGACGAGCGUUCAACUGGCUGGUUUCCGUUUGCAUGCUGGUCCACUUCCUGAGCAAUAUCGAGCAUUGAAUACAACACCCCAAAGGAAACAUAAGAAUAAACACAAAAAGCAUAAGCACAAGGAUGGUGCUGUGCCACCAGAGAAUUCUCUCAUGGAUUCUGCUGGAUUGGAAACUUAUGAGAAGAAACAUAAAAAACAAAAGCGUCACGAAGACGACAAAGAACGCAAAAAACGAAAAAAGGAAAAGAAACGCAAGAAGCAACGUCACAGUCCAGAACCACCAAAUGGCAACAAUGGCGGAGUUCUCAUAACAAAUCAGACACCAUUAUUCUAAAUUAACAAAAA